AUGAACCGAAUAUUUGGUCGGGGAAAACCCAAAGCACCCCCUCCUAAGCUAUCGGACUGCAUAGGAAAUGUGGAUGCCAGGGCGGAGUCUAUGGAUCAGAAGAUCUCCCGUCUGGACGCUGAACUGAUGAAGUAUAAAGACCAAAUGAAGAAGAUGAGAGACGGACCCUCAAAGAACAUGGUGAAGCAGAAAGCUAUGAGGGUUCUGAAGCAGAAGAGACAGUAUGAGGGCCAGAGAGACCAGCUGGCUCAGCAGUCCUUCAACAUGGAACAGGCCAACUACACUAUACAGUCCCUCAAGGAUACCAAAACUACAGUGGAGGCUAUGAAGAUUGGCGCUAAAGAGAUGAAGAGGGCUUACAAGGACGUGAAGACCGAUCAGAUAGAAGACCUACAGGAUCAGCUGGAGGAUAUGAUGGAGGAUGCCAAGGAGGUUCAGGAGUCUCUGAGUCGCAGCUAUGGAACUCCUGAGAUAGACGAGGACGACCUGGACGCAGAGCUGGAUGCCCUAGGGGAUGAGUUGUUACUGGAUGAUGACAGUUCCUACCUGGAUGAGGCUUCCUCUGCCCCCUCCAUCCCAGAGGGCGUACCCAACGACAGUAAAACCAACAAAGAUGGUGUUCUGGUGGAUGAGUUUGGUCUGCCACAGAUUCCUGCUACAUAAAACUACAGAUCCCUGCUACAUAAAACUACAGAUCCCUGCUACAUAAAACUACAGAUUCCUGCUACACUUUUAUAUGUAGAGUAACAUUUCUACAUUACAAUGAUCUGACCUGAGAACAGGUUACAUAACUUACUACCACUGUAUUACUAAGGUAUUGAUGCUGCUUUGGAGAUGAGUUUAUAUUGUUACCGAUAGGGUUUACAUUUACCUAAAGCCGUCCCUUUAAAUGUGGUGUAUCUUUAAUUAGAAGGUUCUCGACAGACUCAGUGGAAUAUAUGGAGAGACGGUUCAGAAUAUUAGGGGUCAAUGACAGAAAGCCAUGGAAAUACAUACAUUUGUUUCCUUUUCAGCACCAAUUAGUAGAUUUUAAAAUGCUCUGAUCUUGUAUAUUAUUUAGGGUUAGGAAAGUAAAAACCGGUUUGGAGAGCCUUUACACACUAA